ACUCUGGGAUGAUAAAACACUGUUUUUAAUGACGUAACAGCAUAUCUGACCUGUAACCUAUAUACAAAUACGAUAAUGUAGCGGGAACUGAAAUAAAACUUGCGUGUUUUCGCUGAUGACUCUCCCUUUCAUACGAUUAUUCAUAGCCUACUACUACAUAUAGUAGUAAGCCAGGCGUUAUCGUACAACGUAUAAAAUUAAGCGAUGAGAUAAAUGGAAAGGAAACGGGAGACGAUACACGUGAAUUACACCCAUGGAAGCUUGUUGGUUUCCCGGGGUUGUUUGAACAGGCUACAUAUAGGCGGAUGGAAACAUGUGAACGAAUCUAGAUCGGUUUAAACAUGACGUCAAAGUUACAAAAUGCGCAUACCAUGAGCAUAACGACGAGAUAAGGAGAACCUUAAGGUUUGUGCACUCGAAAACAAGACAUCCAUGUUGGUAGCGGUGGUAGUAUGAGAAUUGCAACGAAGGUGCACACCUUCGCGACGGCAUACAAGGGCACAAGGGAGGAUUAUAACACAGCGAGUACAGAAAUCCAAAAGUAGAGACAGGUGCCUAAUCAUAUGUUGUUGUGCAGAGACUGUCAAAACAAAUACAAAUCAGAUGUUGAUUGUAGUUGCCAGUGUUGCAGCAUGGGACUUGAGAAGUCGAACUCUAUUAUAGGUAUUGCUUAGGUCAUUAUACGCUUCACCUGUCGCCAUUUUAAUAAGUCUGUACAAUUUCAGGAAAGCACGUAUUUCAACUAAUCAAUAAAAAUUACGUUUUUCUUGGAAGAAGCGAAUUUCUAUAAACUACCUGCUUGUAUAAUAAUGCGCUUAGUAGCAGCGAGGUAUACUUGCGAAUGCAGGGUGUCAGCGAAAUAAAACCGAGGUAUAUGUAGAAAGACGAAAUAGAGGAUCGCUUUUAUGGCGCAAAAGCAACAGCUUUCAUUGAUUAAUGAGUUGUGUCGUUACAAUAAUGCAUUUUGGAUUAUACCAAAUUUUGUAUUUGAAGAACCCUUACAUAUAUGAUUUGAAAGGUUUUGCUGCAAUCAUAUGGAAAUUAUAUAAUUUUAUCCUUUUUGCAAAUCGAACGCAGAAAAUUGCCUGCCGCAUUUUUUUAUUAACGUGCAAUUAUUUUGUUUUGUUUCAGCCGGCCUUCGUUAAAGCCGUUAAUAAUAUGCUGCGAAGGUAUAAUAAUUGACGGGCCCGAUAAAUAGAGUACCGAGACAAACAGGCGUUUAAUUUUAUGGUUUUUAGUUUCAGGCUAUAUAAAUAUUCUAAUGUUAAUUCUGCUGGUUGAAAAAUGACGACAUCAUUUCUUACGCAUACGACUCUCUUUACUCCGACGAGUCCGUUGGCAGCAGAUGCGAGUGGGAAUGCAACAUUAAACACCUCUAUCAACUAUACAGGAAAUUACAGUGGGGAAACAGAGUAUGGUGCGGGGCAACGUAACCAGGCUGCAGCGCUUGCCGCCAUUAUUGUUCCCAUUUUCUUUGGUUUGAUAUUUUGCGUUGGGGUUGUGGGAAACUCUCUCGUGAUCACGGUGAUGAUGAAAAUGUACAGAUAUCAAGCACAGCAAGGUUUAAACAACACGAACAGAUUCAUUCUUAACCUGGCAGUGUCGGAUUUGUUUUUCCUUGUUUUCUGCGUUCCGUUCCAAGCCACCAUAUACAGUCUGCCGAGUUGGCCAUUCGGGAGCUUUAUGUGCUCGUUCUGCGAGUUCUGCCAGAACGUGUCGAUGAUCGCCAGCAUUUUCACGCUUGUCGCUCUUUCAUUCGACCGGUACUUCGCUGUGGUGUACGCCACUUCUGCAAAACAGCUGCGAACGAGAACUAACGCUAACCGGGGACUUAUCUUUAUUUGGGUUGCUGCUCUUGGCAUCGGGACACCUUCAGCACUUACUAGAGUACAGGUGGAAUACGAGGGGUUGACCCUGUGCGUGCCCAACGGUCACAUGAAGAUGUGGUACAUGGGUUACCAGCUCGUCAGCUUCUUGCUUGGGUAUCUACUUCCUUUGCUGAUCAUACUUAGUUGUUACAUGGGGGUUUUACACGCAAUGUGUAAAAACGCCAAGAGCAGCGCACUGGUUAGAAGCAAGAGCGCGCGAGGAUCGACGAAACGCGUCACCAGAGUCGUCAUAAUGGUGGUGAUCGUCUUCACGAUUGAUUGGUUUCCUCAUCACUUAGUGGCGCUGUGGACCAACUUUGGGGACUUCCCCUACACGUCAGAAACCUUCGUUUUACUAAUUCUUGGUCACUGCUUAUCCUACGCCAACUCAUGCCUCAAUCCUCUGGUGUAUGCCUUCGUGUCGAACCGAUUUCGGGCUGACUUUAAAAAAGCAUUUACAUGUCAAUACUUCAGCGAGGCCGUGGUGCAUAUUAGGGCUUACUCUAGACGGUUUGUCCAAUCGUUCAGCGUUCAACUUCGGCACAGAUCAAGUAGCUCGUCAGAGAGCGGACAAAGAGACAAACCGCUCAACCCCCGGCCGCCCGUUAUUUCGGAGACUUUGUACUUAAAGAGGAGCGGUCGAGACGAGCAGGAGACAUGCACAGUGAUGCUAACGCCAGAACAUGGACGAAAAGAAAAAAAAUCUCCUCAGACAGAUGUUUUGUUGAAUGGCCCCACCCACCAAACUACUACCUUCUGCUACUACGAUGGACAAGAAAAUAAAUUCCAAACUCAAACUGAGGUCGUUGGUCUUUUAAACCAAAACCAGCAGCCGACGUUUAUAGAUAAUGACGACGAAUCGGAUGGGAUGGUACUUUAAAUGUUGAAACCUAAUCCCAGCUUUUCUGACUACAGAUUGUAUAUUGUGUAUAGGAUUAUUGUAUAAAUUUGUGAAUUAUAUUGACAGUUUACCGUGUACUGUAAAACAUCAUAGCCUUCAUUAUAUGAUAUCACCUCUUUACAUGGUUGGGUAAACUUUGGGAAAACGAUGAACCGGUAAUGGUAUGUGCAAUUUCUCUUGCGCGUUUGGACUUUAGUACUUUU